AUGUGUCUGACAGACGCGAACUUGGUUGUUGAGAGAGAGGUUCUGCCCAACUGGGUGAAGCCAUCGCACUACGACCUCAAGCUUUACAACUUUGACUUCACUGGUGCACGCGGGUUUACCUAUGAUGGUGUCGUGACCAUCAAACUCGACAUCGCCGAGGCGACUGACAAGAUCCUGAUCAACUCAGUCGAGUUGAAGCUCACCAAAGCCUCCAUCGUCACCACCGUACAGAAGACCGAACAACAGGUCAGUGCUACCGAUAUCACACUCGAUGAGACGAAGCAGAUCGCAACCCUGCAGUUUCCGGACAAGCUUUCUCAGGGAGCGCAGGCGGACUUGAGGAUUGAGUUCCAGGGCGUGCUUAACGACAAGAUGUCUGGAUUCUACCGGUCGAAGUAUGAACUUGACGGAAAGACUCAAUACAUGUUCUCGACCCAAUUCGAGGCAACUGACGCCCGUCGUGCCUUCCCUUGUUUCGACGAACCCGCCUUGAAGGCGACAUUUGACUGUACCGUGACUGUACCGGAUGAGUUGACAGCUUUGGGUAACAUGUCCGUCAAAUCCGAGAAGCCCGCAAAGGACGGCAAGAAGGGAGGAGAGAAGGGUCCUGGUCCUGAGGGUGCAGAGGGGUUGAAGAUCGUGGAGUUUGAGAGGACGCCGGUUAUGAGUACUUAUCUUUUGGCUUUUGUUGUUGCGAAGAUGGAGUAUGUCGAGGCACACUCUACUAACCCCAACAUCCCCGUUCGUGUCUACACCACCCCUGGUCUUUCCUCGACUGCGAAUGUGGCAUUGAAUGCUGCAACAAAGAUCAUUAAUUACUUCUCGUCUGUUUUUGACAUUCCCUACGCGCUGCCCAAGUGUGACCUUGUCGCUGUGCCAGAGUUCGCAAUGGGUGCGAUGGAGAACUGGGGAUUGAUUACAUACAGAACGACUGCGGUGCUUUUCGAUGAGGGCAAGAGUGACGAGAAGUACAGGCAGAGAGUGGUCUACGUCGUCGCUCACGAACUGGCGCACCAGUGUUAUACGGUGGUUACCAUGGAAUUCUGGGAUGAACUCUGGUUGAACGAAGGUUUCGCUACCUGGAUGGGUUGGCUCGCCGUCGACCACCUCGAGCCCUCCUGGAAGGUUUGGGAUCAGUUCGUUUCCAGUUCGCUUCAGACUGCGCUUCACCUGGACUCUCUUCGUGGAUCGCAUCCUAUUGAGGUUCCUGUUCGUGAUGCAUUGCAGAUUAACCAGAUCUUUGAUGCGAUUUCGUAUCAGAAGGGUGCUUCUAGCAUUCGUAUGCUUGCGUCCCAUGUCGGUGUUGAUGCGUUUUUGAAGGGUGUUUCUAGUUAUUUGAAGAAGCAUUCCUACUCCAACGCCCAUACUGCGGAUUUGUGGUCUGCGAUCUCUGAGGAGUCUGGGAUGGAUGUCGGUGGUUUCAUGAACAACUGGAUCAAGAACAUUGGAUAUCCCGUCCUCGAUAUCGUUGACAAGGAAGAUGGAACAACGAUCACGCAGAGGAGGUUUUUGUCAACUGGGGAUGUGAAGCCUGAGGAGGACGAGACUGUCUGGUGGGUUCCUCUUGCUCUGCGUGUUGGUGCUUCGGGUAUCUCUUCGUUGUCGAAGGUGGAUAUCGAGAAGAUUACUGCGUUGACGGAGAAGGAGACGACCCUGCCCAUGCUCAAGAAAGGCGAGUUCUUUAAGUUUAACGCUGACCAGGUCGGUGUCUACCGCGUCAAUUACUCACCCGAGCGCUUGGCUGCACUUGGUGAAGUUGCGGCUAAGGACCAGAGUCUUUUGUCGCCCAGUGACCGUGUCGGGUUGGUUGCUGAUGCGGCCUUGAUGGGAAUUAGUGGGUUUGGGAGUACGAGUGGCUUGUUGGAGUUGGUGAGUCAGUUGAAGGGAGAGGAGAAUUAUGUUGUUUGGGAGCAAGUUUGCAUGAGGCUUUCUGGGUUGAGAUCUGCGUGGUUUGAGCAGAGUGAGGAGGUGCAGGCUGCGUUGAAGAGGUUGACCCGUGAGCUUACUGGUCCCAAGGCUAAAGAACUUGGUUUCGAGUAUCCUGCCAAGGGCGAGAGUUUCUUGACUGCUCAGCUUCGUACUCUUCUCAUCUCCGUUGCUGGACACGCAGGUGAUGAGGAGAUCGUGGCUGAGGCCCGUAAGCGCUUUGAUGCCUUCGUCAAUGGUGAUGAGUCCACUAUCCACCCUAACCUCCGUCGUGCUGUCUACGGCAUUGUUCUUUCUCAGGGAGGAUCUGCUGCUGAUUUUGAUGCUGUGCUCAAUAUCUACAGGAACGCACCGACUGAUGAUGCUAAGGAGAAUGCGCUUGCUGCGUUGGGUGAGAUCAAGGACAUCGAGCUCAUUAACAAGCUGCUUGGCAUGAUGCUAGCUGGCGAAUUCCCCACCCAGGACAUCCACACGCCAGCCGGGAUGUUGGCAGCAAACUAUGUCGGAAGGAAGAGACAAUGGGAGUGCAUCAAGGAGAACUGGACCAGGAUCACCCAAAGCUUCGGUGCUAACCCCGUUGUGUUGAACCGUUUCGUCCCUGCUGUUGUCAACAAGUUCUCUUCGGAGGAUGCAGCGGAGGAUAUCCGCAAGUUUUUUGAGGACAAGGACUGCGCUGCAUUCUCGAAGGCUCUUGGACAGAGUUUGGAUGCGAUUUCGGCGCAUGCUGGUUGGGUGAAGAGAGAUGCUGGGGCUGUUGAGACUUGGUUGGAUGAGCACAAGUACCUUUGA